CAUCUAGUCUAAAAAUAGCGCCAGUCUGCGGCGCAGCCAAGAGGAAGCAGUUUGCUCUUGGAUUCUUUGAGCGUCGUCCGCAAUGUUUUGACCGAAACUUAUUCAAAAUGGGCAUAAUGAACCAUUCGUUUUUACUCGUGGGCCUCUUUCUGGGCCUCGCAUCCACGGGUUGGGCCGCGCUUUACCCGGAACUGGUGCACAUCGGCGGACUCUUCCAUCCCGAAGACAAUUUGCAGGAAAUCGCCUUUAGGUAUGCCGUCGAGAGGGUGAAUAUGGACAGGACCGUGCUGCCCAAAACCACCCUGGUGCCCAUUAUCGAGCACGUUCCAACCUUGGACAGCUUCAAGACUGCCCAGAAAGUUUGCAACUUGGCAGGCAGGGGUGUGGCUGCGAUUUUCGGGCCACAGUCGAGGACGACUGCUGGCAUGGUGCAGUCGAUUUGCGACAAUAAGGAAAUCCCGCACAUCCAAACACAUUGGGACCCGAAAGAAGUCCCUCCAAACAGUGUCCAGAUAAAUAUGUAUCCGGAGCCGCACAUCUUCGCUUUGGCCUUGAAAGCGGUGGUCAGGGAUAUGGGUUGGAAAACAUUUACAGUUUUGUAUCAACGCCACGAGGCGCUGAUCCGACUGCAGGAGGUGCUCAAAGACCACGGUCCAAGCGACCCUCCUGUCACAGUCCGCCAAUUGGAUGAGGGAAACGACUUCAGGCCGUUGCUGAAGCAAGUGCAGGCUUCGUCCGAGUCUCAUAUAAUAUUAGACUGUGACAUUGACAAAAUAAUAGAAAUUCUACGCCAAGCCAAAGAAGUCAAAAUGAUGGAGGACUACCAAAGCUAUCUCAUUAUCACAAUGGAUUUGCACAUUGUCGAUUUAGAAGAGUUUCGUUACGGCAGAACGAACAUCACGUCUCUCAGAAUUUUGGACCCGACCAGUCAGGACGUGCAAAAUGUCGUUCAGGACUGGAUUUUCGGUGAAAUGCGGAGGGGCCGAGUUUUGCAACUAACAGCCAGUCAAGUGACAACUGACGUGGCUUUAAUGUACGAUGCCGUGCACCUUUUUGCGCGCGCCCUCCAUGAUUUGUCGUCUUCGCAGCGAAUCAAUAUCAAGCCGCUGAGCUGCGACAAACAGGACACUUGGCCGCACGGCUACAGCUUGAUCAAUUACAUGAGAGUCAUGGAGACCAAGGGGUUGACUGGGCCUGUCAAAUUUGACAACGUCGGCCUCCGAACUGAUUUUACCCUGGAUCUGGUCGAGUGGCAAAGAGGAAGCUUGAUCAAAAGUGCCACUUGGGAUCCGCAGAUAGGAAUCAACCACACCAUUUCUGACAGCGAAAUAAGGAAUUUGAUUAUUGAAAAUCUCCAAAAUAAGACGUUCAUCGUUUCGUCACGAAUUGGUGCUCCAUACCUGAUGUUCAAAACGAAUGGCGAAAAGCUCACGGGAAAUGAUAGAUUUGAAGGAUACUCGAUUGAUCUAAUUGAUGGAAUUUCGCAAAUCUUGGGCUUUAAAUACGAGUUCCAGCUAGUUCCGGAUGGCCGCUAUGGAAGCUACAAUCCGGUCACCAAAAAAUGGGACGGUUUAGUCAAACAACUUUUAGAAAGGAAAGCCGAUCUCGCUAUUUGUGAUUUAACUAUAACAUACGAUAGAGAAGGGGCCGUUGAUUUUACCAUGCCUUUCAUGAAUCUAGGUAUUAGCAUUCUCUACAGCAAGCCUGUGAAGCAGCCACCAAACUUAUUCUCCUUCCUUUCUCCACUAUCCGUCGACGUUUGGCUCUACAUGGCCACAGCAUACCUGGGAGUCUCUGUUAUUUUGUACUUCUUGGCCAGAAUUACCCCUUAUGAAUGGACCAGUCCUCACCCUUGCAACAAUGAACCCGAAGAACUGGAAAAUAACCUCACUCUAUGUAACCUGAUUUGGCAUAAUUGUGGUUCAAUCAUGCAGCAAGGCUCAGAUAUUGCCCCAAAGGCCGUGUCGACCAGAAUGGUGGCUGGCAUGUGGUGGUUUUUCACCCUGAUCAUGAUUUCGUCCUACACCGCCAAUCUAGCCGCUUUCCUGACCGUCGAGAGGAUGGACGCCACCAUCGAGUCGGCCGAGGACUUGGCCAAGCAGACCAAAAUCAAAUACGGAGCCGUGUCUGGAGGCUCGACCCUCUCCUUUUUCGCUAACUCGAACUUUUCGCUCUACCAAAAAAUGUACUCAUUCAUGGAGCAGACGAGGCCGAGCGUGUUUGUGUCAAACAAUGCCGAGGGCGUCGAGCGCGUGGCGAAAAGCAAACGAACCUACGCCUUUUUCAUGGAAUCCACUUCCAUCGAAUACGUGGUCGAGAGGAACUGCGACCUGCAGCAAGUCGGCGGGCUGCUCGACUCCAAGGGAUACGGGGUAGCCAUGCCCUUGAAUUCGCCUUACCGCACUGCUAUUAGUGGCGCCGUGUUGAAGCUGCAAGAGGAGGGCAAAUUGUACGCGCUUAAAAAUAAAUGGUGGAAAGAAAUGCACGGCGGCGGAGCUUGCAAGCAAAGCGUGGCCGUGGCGAGUGCCGGUCCUGAACUCGGCAUGUCCAACGUCGGCGGCGUUUUCGUCGUUCUAAUCGGCGGCAUGAUGGGCUCGUUGAUCGUCGCCAUUCUCGAAUUCCUGUGGAACACGCGCAAAGUGGCGGUCGAGGAAAGGGCGAGUUUCCUUGAAACGCUGAAGGAAGAGAUCAGAUUCGCGCUCGAUUGUGCAGCAAACACAAAGCCCGUUCGGAAACCCAAGUCGCAGUCUCCCGCGGGCAGUUCCACUCCUUCCUACGAUAAAUUACAGCAGCCACGAGACUCUCAGUAAAGAAAAAUAUAUCAGUUUUAAAUUACCGCAACUCUUGUGUGAAGUAAUCAUCUUUGCUCAUGUUUUAGUAAUAUUUUGUACUAUAUAUAAUUAAAUACGUAUUUCAGUCGUGUA